AUCACUUGACCUGUGACUGCGCCACGCCCUUCCCUAACCUGCGUGUUCCAGAUCCAUGGAAAAGGAGAGUCUCAGCAGGGAGUUGGUCUUCUGUCUCCGGCAGUGAGGAAGAUGAUGAAGAUGAAACCCAAGGUUCUCGGAUCACAGAAGUCUGCCACUGUUCACCCAGCGCAGCAGCUCCGCGUCAGCCUUGUUCUCCAUCAGGCUCCAUCCGGACAUGGAAGAACAGUUUAACGGCCCGUUGCCAUGACCACCGCAAUGCUAACAUGUCCGGAGAAGAGAAACAAGAAGCGGAGAUCCUGCAGUGGGACGCGCUGCCACUGCAACUAAUACAGGAGCUGCAAGAACACAGCGCCGAGGAGCUUCUGCAUAACAUGGAGAACAUUCUGGGUUUCACAAACCACCAGACCUGUAUCAGAGAGGCUGUCCUCCUUCAGUACUAUUUGUCUGGAUUCUGGUGGGCUAAAGAUGCCAAGUUUAGCCCCACACAGAUCUCUUUCACCAUGGCUGUACUCCAUAUACUGCUGGAAAAUCUAAGAGAAAAACAGAUGAGUUCAGUGGAUAAUAUGGUGGUGUUCAUGAAAGCCAUAACUGCUGCCUGCCACUGUGCUCCUUCUGAAGAAGAUGGAACUUCACUUUUGAACAAUAAUGAAGCCAAAGCACUGAUAUGCUAUGUAACAAAAAGUCUUAUUCUGAAAUACAAACUAUAUGAACUUCUCUUCAUGAAAUCCACAGAGGAGCAUCUGACAGGAAUGGAGAGAACCAUUCAGAGAUUUGGCUGUCAAGAUGCUCAUACCUCACUGGAGGAAAGUAUUUCCACCUACUUCAACUUUAAGUAAAUAAAUUUUAAAUUUCAUAUAACAUUGCA